AUGCUGCAUGGGACGAUGACAACGCAGAAAGGAAAAAGGCCGGAGAUCACCCUCGUCUGGCUCAUCUUGGCCACUGUGGGCUGCCUUGCUGACUUGAACGAGGUCCCUCGGGUCACUGUCCAGCCUGUGUCCACUGUCCAGAAGCUGGGAGGAACUGUGAUCCUGGGCUGUGUGGUGGAACCCCCGUGGGUGAACGUAACCUGGCGCCUGAACGGGAAGGAGCUGAAUGGCUCAGAUGAUGCUCUGGGCGUCCUCCUCACCCGAGGGACCCUGGUCAUCACUGCUCUCAACAACCACACCGUGGGACGCUACCAGUGUGUGGCCCGGAUGCCUGCAGGGGCUGUGGCCAGUGUGCCAGCCACGGUGACACUAGCCAAUCUCCAGGACUUCAAGUUAGAUGUGCAGCAUGUGAUUGAAGUGGACGAGGGGAACACCGCAGUCAUUGCCUGCCACCUGCCUGAGAGCCACCCAAAAGCCCAGGUCCGGUACAGUGUCAAGCAAGAGUGGCUAGAGGCCUCCAGAGACAACUACCUGAUCAUGCCAUCAGGGAACCUCCAGAUUGUCAACGCCAGCCAGGAGGAUGAGGGCAUGUACAAGUGCGCUGCCUACAACCCCGUGACCCAGGAAGUGAAAACCUCUGGCUCCAGUGACAGGCUGCGUGUGCGCCGCUCCACUGCUGAGGCUGCCCGAAUUAUCUACCCCCUGGAGGCCCAGACUGUCAUUGUCACUAAAGGCCAGAGCCUCAUUCUGGAGUGUGUGGCUAGCGGGAUCCCACCCCCUCGAGUCACCUGGGCCAAGGACGGGUCCAGUGUCGCUGGUUACAACAAGACGCGCUUCCUGCUGGGUAACCUGCUCAUCGACACCACCAGUGAGGAGGACUCGGGCACCUACCGCUGCAUGGCCAGCAAUGGGGUGGGGGAGCCGGGCGCAGCCGUCAUUCUCUACAACGUCCAGGUAUUUGAACCACCUGAGGUCACUGUGGAGCUGUCCCAGCUGGUCAUCCCAUGGGGCCAGAGUGCUAAGCUCACCUGUGAGGUGCGCGGGAACCCCCCGCCCUCCGUGCUGUGGCUAAGGAACGCCGUCCCCCUCACCUCCAGCCAGCGCCUUCGGUUGUCCCGCAAGGCCCUGCGUGUGGUCAGUGUGGGGCCUGAGGAUGAAGGUGUCUACCAGUGCAUGGCUGAGAAUGAAGUUGGGAGUGCCCAUGCCGUGGUCCAGCUGAGGACCUCCAGGCCAGGCACGACCCUGAGACCCUGGAAGGAUGAUAAACCAGCCACUGCCACACCCGCUGCACUACCCUCCAGACCUGGCAGCCCUGACCAGAUGCUGAGGGGACUACCGGCUCUCCUCAGGCCCCCAACAUCAGUGCAGCCUGCUUCUCUGCAGUGCCCAGGAGAGAAGAGGUCAGUGGUUCCUGCCGAGGCCCCCAUCAUCCUGAGCUCGCCCCGGACCUCCAAGACAGACUCAUAUGAGCUGGUGUGGCGGCCUCGGCACGAGGGCAGCAGCUGGGCACCCAUCCUCUACUAUGUGGUGAAACACCGCAAGCAGGUCACCAACUCCUCUGAUGACUGGACCAUCUCUGGCAUUCCAGCCAGCCAGCACCGCCUGACCCUCACCAGGCUCGACCCGGGGAGCUUGUACGAAGUGGAGAUGGCAGCUUACAACUGUGCUGGCGAGGGCCAGACGGCAAUGGUCACCUUCCGAACUGGGCGGCGUCCCAAACCUGAGAUCAUAGCCAGCAAGGAGCAACAGAUCCAGAGAGAUGACCCUGGAGCCGGUCCCCAGAGCAGCAGCCAGCCAGAUCAUGGCCGCCUUUCCCCCCCAGAAGCUCCAGACAGGCCCACUAUCUCCAUGGCCUCUGAGACCUCCGUGUAUGUGACCUGGAUUCCCCGUGGGAAUGGUGGCUUCCCAAUCCAGUCCUUCCGUGUGGAGUACAAGAAGCUAAAGAAAGUGGGAGACUGGAUCCUGGCCACUAAUGCCAUCCCUCCCUCACGGCUCUCGGUGGAAAUCACAGGCUUAGAGAAAGGCACCUCUUACAAGUUCCGAGUCCGAGCUCUGAACAUGCUCGGGGAGAGCGAGCCCAGUGCCCCCUCCCGGCCCUACGUGGUGUCAGGCUAUGGUGGCCGCGUGUAUGAGAGGCCAGUGGCAGGUCCUUACAUCACCUUCACGGACGCUGUCAAUGAGACCACCAUCAUGCUCAAGUGGAUGUAUAUCCCAGCAAGUAACAACAACACCCCAAUCCAUGGCUUUUAUAUCUACUAUCGACCCACAGACAGUGACAAUGACAGUGACUACAAGAAGGACAUGGUGGAAGGUGAUAGGUACUGGCACUCUAUCAGCCACUUGCAGCCAGAGACCUCCUACGACAUUAAGAUGCAGUGCUUCAAUGAAGGCGGGGAGAGUGAGUUCAGCAACGUGAUGAUCUGUGAGACCAAAGCUCGGAAGUCCUCGGGUCUGCCGGGGAGACUCCCACCCCCAACUCUGGCCGCACCACAACCACCACCCCUGGAAACCAUAGAGCGGCCAGUGGGCACCGGGGCUAUGGUGGCACGAGCCAGCGAUCUGCCCUAUCUGAUUGUCGGGGUCGUCCUGGGCUCCAUUGUCCUCCUCAUCGUCACCUUCAUCCCCUUCUGCCUGUGGAGAGCCUGGUCUAAGCAAAAACACACAACAGACCUGGGUUUUCCUCGAAGUGCCCUUCUAUCCUCCUCCUGCCAGUACACUAUGGUACCAUUGGGAGGACUCCCCGGCCACCGAGUCAGUGGACAGCCAUACCUAGGUGGCAUCAGUGGACGGGCCUGCACCAAUGGGACACAUGUGAAUCGAGGCUGCCCUGCAGCUGCAGUGGGCUACCCAGGCAUGAAACCUCAGCAGCACUGCCCAGGGGAGCUUCAGCAGCAGGAUGACACCAACAGCCUGCUGAGGCAGACCCUUCUUGGCAAUGGAUAUGACCCCCAGAGCCACCAGAUUACCAGGGGUCCCAAGUCUAGCCCAGAUGAGGGCUCUUUCCUGUACACACUGCCUGAUGACUCCACUCACCAGCUGCUCCAGCCCCAAGACUGCUGCCACCUCCAAAAGCAGCCUGCCACUGCGGGCCAGGCAGCAAUGAGGAGAGCACCCGAGAGUCCUGGCCUAGAAGCUGCGUGGGACCCUCCAUUUCACUCAGGGACCCCGUGCUGCUUGGGCCUUGUGCCAGUUGAAGAGGUGGACAGUCCUGACUCCUGCCAAGUGGGUGGAGGAGACUGGUGCCCCCAGCACCCUUCGGGGGCCUACACAGGACGGGAACCCGGGAUGCAGCUCUCCCCUGGCCCAUCGGUGCAUGUGUCUUUUGAAACGCCACCUCCUACAGUUUAG